AUGGACAGUGGAUCCUGGAUUUUGAGAAACAUCCUCAAGCUGAGAGAUGAAGUGGAACAUAUGGAGCAAUGGCAGAAUCUGAUCAUGGAGGGAAAAUUCAAAAUGAAGAACUUCUAUGGGGCGUUUCUUAAGCAAAUCCAGCAGGUUGAAUGGAGAGGUUUGUUGGUAAGCAACUAUACUCGACCUAGGGCUGUCUUCACUCUAUGGCUAGCAUGCCAUAAAAGACUUGCAACAAAAGAAAGGCUGGAGAAAUUUGGUGUUCAUACGGAUCAGAAGUGUGAAUUUUGUGAGUGUAGUGAGAAUAUACAGCACCUGUUUUUUGAAUGUAGGUACACGAAGGAGGUUUGGAGCAAGGUAUUACAUUGGUUAAAUGUGAAGCAUCAAGCCAAGGGGUGGGACCAGGAGCUGGCUUGGUUGGGUAAAGUGUGUAGGAGCAAGAAUUGGAGAAGUAGCAGUGUGAAGGCUGCUAUAGCAGAAACUGUAUAUGCCCUAUGGAUGCAGAGAAAUGACAAAGUGUUUCAAAAGGAUUAUAGAGAUACACAUAUAGUUCAAAGGAUUAUAGAUACUAUUGUAAAUAGAAUUUGGGUGUACCCAAAAUAUAGAGAAAAAAUAGCUAGGAUGAUAGUAGUUUAA